CCUGCAUGUGAACUGGCCCUUUAAGAAGGCUGCUGCCUGGGGAUACUAAAAGAUAUGGCAAUCCAAGGCAAGGUCAACAGAGCAGGGGCAGGGGGCAGAAUUUGAAUUAGUUUUACUGCUGCAAAUAUGGUCACUUCGUACCCUCUCCCCGAAGGCUUCACUGAAUUAGAAGUGUUUGCCAUUGGCACAAUCCUGCUGGUUGAAGCCUUGCUUGGGUUCUGUUUGAAUGGCCUAACAAUUGUGUCUUUCCGAAAAAUCAAAGAACUCCAAACUCCUGGUAACCUCCUAUUAGUCAGUGUUGCAUUGGCCGAUUGUGGGAUCUGCAUCAAUGCAUUCAUUGCUUCUUUUUCCAGCUUUCUUAGGUACUGGCCUUAUGGCACUGAUGGCUGUCAAAUUCAUGGAUUUCAGGGUUUCUUGACAUCAUUGGCCAGUAUUAGCUCUUCUGCUGCUGUGGCAUGGGACCGGUAUCAUUGUUAUUGUUCUAGAAGACAGGUGCAUUGGAGCACAACCAUCUCAUUGGUGUUAUUCGUCUGGCUGUUCUCUGCUUUUUGGUCUGUGAUGCCACUGUUGGGGUGGGGUGAAUAUAACUAUGAGCCCCUAAGAACUUGUUGCACGUUGGACUACUCGAAAGGAGACAGAAAUUAUGUCACAUUCCUUUUUGCUCUGGCCAUUUUCAAUUUCCUGAUCCCAGGCUUCAUCAUGCUGACAGCUUAUCAGUCCAUAGAGCACAAGUUCAAGAGAACUGGACAGUUUAAGUUUAAUACUGGUUUACCAGUGAAGACACUGAUCAUUUGCUGGGGACCCUACUGCCUUUUAUAUUUCUAUGCUGCAGUUCAAAAUGUGACAUUUAUUCCACUUAAACUACAAAUGGUUCCUGCCAUUAUUGCCAAGAUUUCACCAACCAUGAAUGCCUUUCUGUAUUCCCUGGGAAAUGAAAACUACAGAGGAGGAAUAUGGCAAUUUCUCACAGGACAGAAGGUUGAGAAAGCAGAGGUUGAUAAUAAAAUUAAGUAACAAGUUUUUCCUUCCAGGUAAGGUUAAUGUAGACAUGUAACUGAAAGCAAAACAACAUAGGAAACCGUAUACAUACUGCAACUUAGUUAAUGGUGCUUCCAUUGGAAAGGUUUUUUUCAUGUAUUUCCUGGAUCAUCACAGCUAUAACACUACAACACCACACAAAAGAAAGUGAGUCAGAUAACUCUUUAAUUUUUAUUUCAGUCUAUUCUAGGCUUUUUGUCAAACAAAUUGCCUUAAACCCAAUGUUGGUUGUAGUCAGUAUCAGUUUGUGUGUCAUUGCAGAUCUUGUGUGUGCUGUGAAGCAUUUUUUCUGUUACACUAAUGUCAAAGUUUAGAAAAUUAAGUGAAGUAGGAUAUUAGGUUAUCCAGUGAAGCCUACCAGAAUUAAUUUGCAUUUGGUUUGUCCAUAUGGUAUAUCUGGAUUACCAGAAGAUUAAAGAAGUGUCCAGAAUUACACCAUAUGUCUAUGUAAAUAGCUUGUUCAUCUGAAUGUUUUAAAUUCAUAUAUAAUGAAAGUUUGCAAAUGUAUGAGGCUGAAUCUGCCAUCUUUAUUUGUCAAAACAUUCCAAUGAGUGUUUUCUCCAAGUAAGAAAUGUUAGAUUUGAUCCUAUUCCAAUUUAAUUCCCGUAUAUCAUUCAAUUUGCAACCAAGCUCUACUGCUACUCGUCCCCUUCACAAUAAGCCAACUCAGAUUACUCCAUUAGUUCUUUUCAUAUUUUAUCAAUCACUAAAACAGAGGCCAAAAAUGGGCCAAAUUUUAUUCUAGAACAGCAGUGUAAAUCUGGUGUCACCAAAUUCCAAUGACUUAGUGGAGUUACACUUCUCAUGUCUUUGAGAGGAGACACUGGCCUUACUGUAACUCAGGAAGCCAGCAAAUAUUAAAUAACUACUAUAUCCUUCUAAUAUGAAUAUUGAAAUGAUUUCUAGUUAUCAGGACGCUGCAUUUAAGAUUUAUUUUUUACUCAACCAUAUUUUUCAGCAUUCCUAUAUAUCUGAAAACUGGCAGUUAGUUUUGCUUGUUGUCACAAGAUAUACCUCCAAAUAAUCUAUUUAUAAAAAUGUGUGCAUGACACAAAAUGAGAGAGAGUGUGUAUACAGAAACCCAAAUCUAAUUGGAUUUUACAGAGAUCUUGCAAUUAAAUAAAGUGCUUUGAAACUAAAUGGCAUCAUCUCAAACAAGUUUUAUAAUACUCUCACAGGCCACGUCCAGAUGAGCAUGGCCGUGUGGUAUGCGGUACCACAAACACAUCUGCAGCACCACAUACCACAUGUUCAGUUGUUCUCCACACUGCAAGGGAGCAGCAGUUGGGGGGAAGGGGGAGAGCAGUUUGACCCCUGGUUAUCCAGGAAUCAAAAAAAACCGUGG